UAAGGAAGAUGGCGGCUGCAGCAGUGGUUGAGUUUCAGAGAGCCCAGUCUCUCAUUAGCACGGACCGCAACGCCUCUAUCGACAUUCUCCAUUCAAUAGUGAGGAGAGAUGUUCAGGAGAACGAUGAGGAAGCUGUCAGGGUCAAAGAACAGAGCAUCCUGGAGCUGGGUAUGCUCCUGGCCAAGACAGGACAGGCUGCAGAACUGGGAGGUCUCCUGAAAUUUGUGAGGCCUUUCCUGAUUUCCAUCAGCAAGGCCAAAGCGGCCCGGCUGGUCCGCUCCCUGCUGGACCUCUUUCUUGACAUGGAGGCAGCAACAGGGCAAGAGGUAGAGCUGUGUCUUGAAUGCAUUGAGUGGGCCAAGGCCGAGAAGAGGACCUUCCUACGACAGGCUCUGGAGACACGGCUGAUCUCACUCUAUUUUGACACCAAAAGAUACCAGGAGGCCUUGGCACUGGGCACCCAGUUGCUCCAGGAGCUGAAAAAGAUGGAUGACAAAGCUCUUCUGGUGGAGGUUCAGCUGCUGGAAAGUAAGACGUACCACGCUCUCAGUAACCUGCCCAAGGCCCGUGCAGCCCUCACCUCAGCCAGGACCACCGCCAACGCCAUCUACUGUCCUCCAAAGCUCCAGGCAGCGCUGGACAUGCAGUCAGGGAUCAUCCACGCAGCAGAGGAGAAGGACUGGAAGACGGCCUACUCCUACUUCUUUGAGGCCUUCGAGGGCUACGACUCCAUCGACAGCCCCAGAGCCAUCACUGCACUCAAAUACAUGCUCCUGUGCAAAAUUGUGCUCAACUUACCAGAGGAGGUUCAAGCCCUGAUCAGUGGUAAACUGGCCCUGCGGUACGCCGGCCGACAGACAGAUGCACUGAAGUGUGUUGCCCAGGCCAGCAAGAACAGAUCAUUAGCAGACUUUGAAAAGGCCCUAACAGAGUACAAAGCAGAACUGAGGGACGACCCAAUUAUCAACACUCACCUGGCCAAGCUCUAUGACAACCUGCUGGAACAAAACCUCAUCCGAGUCAUUGAACCGUUUUCCAGAGUACAGAUAGAACACAUAUCGGGUCUAAUCAAACUGUCAAAGGGGGAUGUUGAGAGGAAAUUAUCACAGAUGAUUCUGGACAAAAAGUUUCACGGAAUCCUUGACCAAGGUGAAGGCGUCUUGAUCAUAUUUGAGGAACCACCAGUUGACAAAACGUACGAAGCAGCCUUGGAAACAAUUCAGAACAUGAGCAAAGUCGUGGAUUCACUUUACAACAAAGCCAAGAAGCUGACAUAGAGUAGAUUGCCACGGCAGUGCGAUGGAGGAACUGUGUGUGUUUGACCAGCGUGUGUAACAUUUUAAGAAGGGGACAAGGGAGAGCAACAAAAAGUCCCACAAACUGCAACAAACAGGAUUCCCCCAUCAAACUCCCCCCUCCUCUCCCUCAACGGACAAUUUCAUCACUUCUCUUGUUUGUUUUUGUUUUUGUUUUUUUUUUUUUCUUCUCUUUAAUUUUGAUAUCUCUUCAGGAUUCUGUAUAACACUCAGCGGCCAAAUCAGGCCAUCAGGGAAUAUUGUACAACCACAAUAAAAAGAUGAAAAGG